GACGUUGCAUGUUCAGUCAUGCGUAACAAGUAGCGUCAAUCGCGUUUUCAUUGUUUUUAUUGUUGCGUCACAGUGAGGACAACAUCUAACAAUGGGAGCUGGGAAUAGCGUUGAGAUUCCUGGUGGUGGAACUGAGGGGUAUCAUGUUUUGCGGGUCCAGGAGAAUUCUCCCGGUUACAAGGCAGGGUUAGAACCUUUCUUCGAUUUCAUUGUAAUGAUCGGAAAUACGAGACUGAACAAAGAUGACGAUCGUUUGAAGGAUUUGCUUCGAGCGAAUGUUGAGAAACCCGUGAAGAUGUUUGUGUACAGCAGUAAGACAUUAAAGAUUCGUGAAGUAACUCUCACCCCAAGUAGUAUAUGGGGGGGUCAGGGUUUGUUGGGGGUUUCGAUAAGAUUCUGUUCCUUUGACGGGGCUAAUGAGAACGUGUGGCACGUUUUGGAUGUUGAACCGAAUGCCCCCGCUUACCUCGCGGGGUUACGACCUUUCAGCGAUUACAUCAUCGGUGCUGACUCGCUGUUAAGUGAGCAAGACGAUUUAUUCACGUUGAUUGAUUCUCACGAUGGCCGACAAUUGAAGUUGUUUGUUUAUAAUAAAGACACGGAUGCGUCGCGUGAAGUUAUUAUUACACCCAACAGUGCAUGGGGUGGGGAGGGAAGUAUGGGAUGCGGCAUCGGGUAUGGCUACUUACACAGAAUCCCAAUCCAACCUUUUACCGAGGGUAAAGUGGUGAGCGUCAAACAUCCGACCCCGACGAACGUGGUCGACUCUCCUCCGACAUCUAGUGACGGGUUUGCCGAGGUUCAACUCCAACCAACCAUGACGACAACGAACGGGUUGCCCACGGCAACGAGUAGCAACGUGUUGCCGGGUAACGCUGGGUUACCAACGUAUGUUUCCAUGGUUACCGAUUCAUCUGCUUCAGCGAGUUUCGCAUCAGCGGUGCCAGGUGCGGGAAUACCACCCUUGGUGAAUAUCUCGUUGCCGUCGACAACUUAUUCAACGGACCUUCCACCAAUCACACUCGAGUCUGGUAUUCCCCCUCUCCCAGCGUUACCCAACUUCACCCUACCCCCGAUGAACUUACCCCAGGGAAUCCCCCCAAUGAACUUAUCCGAAGGAAUCCCCCCAAUUAAUUUACCCGAGGGAAUCCCCCCAAUUAAUUUACCGGGGGGAAUUCCCAUGCCCUCGUUGGAAAACUUAGCUGCAAGCCUGCCUCCAGUGGUGGACGUUCCGGUUGAACAAACGCAAGACAGCGAGCCACAAGAGGCAGUAGAGGGAAGUCCCAUGAUCGCGCCGUACGCUUCACCAGUUGCUACAAACUAAACAUAGAAAUCUCAUUACACCUCUAAUUAUUCAUCAUAAUGUAUAUUGUUUGUGUACAGUGACGUAUGAAGCACGUGGUGCUGGAAGCAAUGUUAAUAAAUAUAAAGGGGAAUUUA